UCCCUUUCAAGAAGCCCAUUACCUGCUUCCACCCUCCAGUGAACAUCCAUUCAAGAGCAGCAUCCUUUCAAAACACCCCAGAAUUUGUUUUCUUUUUUUGUAUGGGUGGCUAAACGCACUCCCCUCCCACAUUCCCCAAAUAUAAUCCUUGAAGGGUAGCACAAAGGCUACAUGUUUACAGAUUCACCGUUAAUGAAUUGAUGGUCAUCAAACAUCCCACCUUCCCUCCCAUUGAAGAAAAUCACACAUUUUGACAAGCCAAGAAGGGGGUCGUUUGGAAGCUGGUCUUAGGAGGGGCUGAAGAGCUGUCACAGGUGGAGAUGCUGCUGUGGCUGCUGCACCCAAAUUUCCUGCAGAAGGGUGGUGUCUAAAGGGUUCAGCUGUCCUGCUCCUGUGCCUGUAACACUGAAGUCUGUAGUCGCUGGCAGACAAGGAGAGAGGAGACUGCUGCUGUUGAACUGCAGGCGAUGCUGGUUUGGACUCUUCGUGUAAAGGAAGAAUAUACAAUGUGACAAGGACAGGAGACAGGAGAAGAUAGACUCAGACAGCGCCCUGAUCUCAGUGUUUUGGAAGCGACAACAGUCCUUGGAGAUUCUGUCAAGUAAAGAAGUGUGAAGUCAUACGGUUUCUCUUGAACUCGUUUUAUACAAGUGAUUUAAAAAUAGAGCUUAUGUACCAAGUAACAAAGCAAAUGUGACCGAACUACAGUGCAAACACCACUCAUGUGAAAUUAUUUUGUCCUUUACCUUGGAACUGAUUUUCUUUUAAAAUGCCAGCAAAGACACCAAUUUAUCUGAAAGCCGGAAACAAUAAAAGGGGGAAAAAAUUUAAACUCAGGGAUAUAUUGUCCCCUGACUUGAUAAGCCCCCCUCUUGGAGAUUUUCGUCACACUAUACAUAUUGGAAAAGAUGGACAACAUGAUGUUUUUGGAGAUAUCUCUUUUCUUCAAGGGAAUUAUGAAUUGUUGCCAGGUAACCAAGGGAAACCAAAAAAUCCUCAUUUUAAUGGACAUAAUGAAUUUUUGAGAGCAAACAGCACUUGUGACUCAAUGUUUUCAGAAACUUCCUCACCUGUUCUUAAGAAUGCCAUCUCCCUUCCUACGAUAGGUGGAUCACAAGCUUUGGUCUUGCCUUUGUUAUCUACAGUGACAUUUAAUUCCAAAAUGGACUCCUUCAGCCCUUCUAAGUCAUCCAGGCUUAGCUGUGAGCCUGUUUUAGAAGAAAAACUACUAGAGAAAUGUCAGCCAUAUGAAAAUGGGCACCGGUAUGACAACGAGAGCUCUUGGAAAAUCACUGGUUCUGCGUCAUGUUCUACAAAUGGAAGAUCAAGCCAUUCUUCCAGUCUUUCUGAACAAUACAAUGACUGGCAAGCACUUGACUUGUUUGAAGACAACCAUAUUCCUUGUGAAAUAGAGAGCACAGAUUUAAACUCAGACAAGUCUCUCUCUGACCUGGCUGGCUCCCUCCUUACUCUCCAGCUUGACUUGGGGCCUUCUCUGUUGGAUGAGGUGCUUCAUGUUAUGGACAAAGACAAACUCUAAAUUCAUGUUUUCUUUCCAAACCUUAUGAUAUGGUACAAAGAUAAACAUCUGGCAUAGCACGCAGCCAGACUUUAAGAUAUUAAUACCCAGAAAUGUCUUUUUUUUUUCAGUAAAAAAUAAGAAUCCUCAACAAUUACAAGAACUAGCCCGUAUAGUAAUUUAUUAUACUUAAAAAAAAAACUCAUAACAUCAGAGCAAGCAGGAUUAUUUUUUUUUCUACGUUUUGUGACACGUUGUAAAGAAUAUAUUCAUGUGGAUUUUGUCCAGUUCUCAGAAUCCAUGACCAGGAGAAAAUACUGUUUAUGAGUACAUGUUGGAACCAGAUCCCAUAAUAAAAAAUAGCAUAUUGAAUUAUGUUCGCAUAUUUUCUGAUUGUAUUUUUUAAACAUCCCAUCUGAUUGUUGUAAUUUUUAGAUGCACAGGUGCCAUUUCCAUUGACUUUAACAAUGUACAACUAUACAUGUUUGAACUUCGCAAACCAUUAGCCUCCCUGAACAUAGCAAUGAUCACAAGUAAAUUAUUUCCGUUCAAAUAUCUUUAUGUGCCUUUGUAUUUUUACAGCAAAGUUUGUAUUUUAUAGAUAUUGCAUCACCAUUUUUUAUCCGCUUGCAGAUUUUAAUUGCAGGCUUUAUGUAUUUUUUUGUGAGUGUUCGGGAAAAUAUGUAUUUUAUGAUUUUUUUUUUUUUUUUUUAUCUACGUUCUACAAAUGCUUAAGGCUUGUAUGUUUCAUUUGUAAACAUAGCACUGGUUUCUCACAUUAAUAAAUAAAAUGGUAAAUGCUAAAUGUCCUGUUUGUUUAAAACUUGGAUAUUUGAAAGUCAGUAUUUAUGAAUGUUUAGGGAAUUUUAAGAAUAUAAACAACGUAUAAAGUCUCUCUGCAAUAAAGUAAAAAGUGAUUGUUUAGUUUUAGCCCUGCCACUUUAAAUACACAAUGAAAGCACUUGUUAUAUUGUUUGCAUUAUAGUUUUCGAUGCAAUUCAAGUAUGUUUAAGACAUGUUAACUCUA